AUGCAAUUCACCACUUUAUCUGCUACCACUCUCUUAGCCGUUGUCUCCUUCUUGGUUGCCCCAGCCGUGGCCACCCCACCAGCCUGCUUGUUGGCUUGUGUCGCUCAGGUUGCCAAGUCUGCUUCUUGUUCAGGCUUGGACGAUUUCAGCUGUCUCUGCGAAGAUAACGGAGCUGCUGUUGAAAAGUGCUUGAACGAUAUUUGUCCUAACAACAACGCUGAUACUGCCAUCCUGGCCUUUGAAAGCUCCUGUUCUGCCCAAGGCAAGGACGUUAGUGCUGAUGCCAAGUCCUCUUCGUCUUCUGCCUCGUCUUCUGCUUCCUCUUCCUCUUCUGCCUCCUCUUCGUCUUCUGCUUCCUCUUCGUCUUCUGCCUCCUCUUCCUCUUCUUCCUCUUCUGCCUCCUCUUCCUCCUCUUCCUCAUCUUCCUCCUCUUCCUCUGCCUCCUCUGCCUCUUCUAUCUCCUCCGCCUCUUCUACCUCCUCCGCCUCUUCUAAGGCUUCUUCUAUCGCUUCGUCUGUCAAGUCUGAAGUCACUUCUGCCGUCUCCUCCGUCAAGUCUGAGGUUUCUUCUGUCGCUUCGUCUAUUAAGUCUGAAGUCACCUCCGCGGUCUCCUCCGUCAAUUCCGAAGUCAGCUCUUUCGUUUCUUCCUUGACCGCCACCUCUACUCAUCCAACCGUCUCUUCCCACACCGGUGUUGCCAACGAGCAGGUUGCCAACGUCUUCGGUGUUGUUGGUGGCUUGGUUAUCGCUGCCUUGUUGUAAGUUUAGACCUAAGCUCGUUUCUCCCCUCUGAUAUUUUGCUACAACUUAGAAGCGCUGUUCUCUAACUAUAAUUCUUAAUAGAUUUU